AGCAAAGCAAGAAGCAUGGCUGCAGAUAUGAGAUUACCGACUAUUAGAAAAACCGUGUCGCUAUCAGCGUCUGCUUUUGACCGAAAAGAUCUGGUCGUACCGGGGGAUGUUAUUACUUCAGACACUGGGUUCAUGAGAGGUCAUGGCACCUACGUUGAUGACGACAAGUUGACAGCUUCAGUCGCAGGAGAGGUGCAGAGGGUGGACAAACUCAUCUGUGUCAGGCCACUUAAGACCAGGUUUAAUGGUGAGGUUGGAGAUGUUGUGGUUGGCAGAAUUACAGAGGUGCAGCAGAAAAGAUGGAAGGUGGAGACAAACUCCCGCCUGGACUCUGUCCUCUUGCUGUCUUCUGUAAACCUGCCAGGAGGAGAGCUGAGGAGAAGAUCAGCAGAAGAUGAGCUGACCAUGAGAGAAUAUCUUCAAGAAGGAGAUCUCAUCAGUGCAGAGGUGCAGUCUGUCUUCUUGGAUGGAGCUCUGUCACUUCACACCCGUAGUUUAAAGUAUGGAAAAUUGGGUCAAGGAGUACUGGUCCAGCUUUCCCCUUCUCUGAUCAAGAGGCAGAAAACACAUUUCCACAACCUGCCGUGUGGCGCAUCCAUUAUCCUGGGGAAUAAUGGCUUUGUGUGGUUGUAUCCAACACCGGGCCAACAGGAGGAGGAAGCUGGGGGUUUCUACACCAGCCUUGAGCCUGUCAGCCUGUCGGAUCGAGAGGUCAUUUCACGGUUGAGAAACUGCCUGCUGGCUUUGACUGCGCACAAAGUCCUCCUGUAUGACACCAGUGUUCUCUACUGCUACGAAUCAUCACUUCAGCACCAGGUGAAGGACAUCUUAAAACCAGAGGUGAUGGAGGAGAUUGUAAUGUUGACGCAACAGAAGCUCUUGGAACAGGAGGGUUAAAGAGCCCAAAGCCUUGUCACAAGUCAAAAUCACAUCAGGCCAGCUGUGGACCCGACCACUGAUCUGAAAGCUGAAUUAGCUUUAUUUUCUUAGAGAUAUAAUUAAAUUGUCAAAGUCCAACGUAUUUUAUUAAAGGAAACCAGUAUUAUUGUUGUGGUUUUUUAAUAGCAAACACAAGUGAAGUGUAACUCGUUCAAUGUGUGCAGCAUUUCAGCUAUUCUAAAGUUUUACAAAAUAAUAGUCAAUCUUUUUUUUUUUCCAUGUGAUAUAUAUAAGCUGUAUACAAUAAAUUUUGUGAUUUCUAUAAAUUUU